ACAAACUGCCAAACUACCAAAUAUCUAAUGGACACCGCUACGAUUAUUAUCCGAAUUAUUCGGUCAUUUGAGUAUCGGAACAUUCGAAAUGUGGUCUUGAAGGACGUAUCGCUUCUUUUAACAACUGACGAAUUAAAAUCAAGAAUAGUUAAAGAGCUAAGCGUUGCUCCAGGGCUACCACCACCGUUCCGCAGAUACGACUAUGAUACUUUGAAGAUAGAACAUCAUGCUUAUGGUGCAAAAACAAAUGAUCCAGUUAUUAACCAGGAGAAUGACGAAGGCCUUAUUCUCAAAGCAGGAUGUACACUUGAUGAAAGUGAUGUGAGAAAUGAAACUGAAAUUUCUUUCUUCAAAUAUGAAGAUUAUUUGAUGUAUAAAAACAACCCUGUCUUGAAAUUUGGAUCUGGUUAACUACUGAAAAGGCAUUUUAUUAGCACCCACAUCACCUGUGCUUGUUGCAAUGAUGUGGUAUUCAUUCAUUUAAUAAGUUUGUGUCAAAUACACUAAAGUAUUUUUUGA